CUAAACCUAAUUUAAAUUUAUUUUCCCUUUGGCAAACGUGUCUGCUAUCUCAUUUUGCUUUCCGGAGCUUAAAAAUAACAUUUCGAAUAGGGCCUUGUUCUGGUUUGUUUUCCGAAUACACGCUGAAGCCAACUCCAUUAUUUUCAUGAUACUUUACUUUGUUAAGUAGCCUUUGGAGCUUGUUAUAACGAUGCAAUUGUUUUCCAGUAUUCUUGCUUGCCGUGUGAUAAGGUUGGCUUGUUGGUUAUCCAUAUUAACCACCGCAUUUCGACGAAGAAGAAGUUCACGAUUGUUCCCUAAAACCAAAUCUCUGAAGAGAAAGUAUAGCAAGUUGAUAGAACGGUUAGACCUCGUAGCUCCUGAGAAGAGUCCAACUAGUUGCUCCAAAGAAAGUUGUGUUAUUUGUUUAGAGUCUUUAGAAAACGCCCAUUAUAAGGUUCGCACAGUACCGUGUGGUCAUACUUUUCAUAGUGUAUGUUUGGACAACUGGCUGAUUCACGUUUUCUCCAUGGCGGUAAAGCCACAGUCGCUAUUGGAUAUAUCUUGGUCACCACCUGUUUUGUCGUGUCCAAUAUGUAAACAAAAUAUUCCGAUCGUUUGAGAUAAAGGUUUUCUUUAUUAUUUUUCAAAACGACAAAGAAUGUUGAAUAGAGAAAGGCGUAUGAGUCAACGUGGUCGAGCUCAAGUAUGUACAGAACUUGUGUAUCAUACAUAUGUCGGCUCUCAAUACACAAUU